AUGCCUAAAAAAAAAGGAGGAACUAAUUUAUUCAAACAAGGACAAAUUGGUAUUAAUGGUGAAAAUGUAUAUCAAGGUCAAACAGCAGUAGCUGAUGCCCGAGAAACAAUGGCGAUGAGUCAUAGUCCGAGAACAAAGGCCUCUGCUACAACAAAGACUUCUUCAGGAACAAAGGCUGGCCUGAAAAAGCAAUCAAAUUUUAGCAUCGCUCCUCUAAUUCUAGAGGGCGUUAAGCUAAAUAAAUUACAAUUAAAUGAUGCUGUCAAACAGCAUUUAAAGGACUUACGAAUAUCUGAUAUUCAGGUAAGUCGAUCAGACCACUUUACAAUAUAUUCAGCUGCUGUUAG